GUUACAAACAGCUGUGCGUAAUUCAUGUCCAAGCAUAAGGAGUGCGUGACCGGGAUAUCGAUUAUAUUAUUGAUUAAAAAAAACACAAGAAACGCAAACCGGACUGUUUUUUCUUAGAACACCAAGGUCGUUUCUGAGGACAAUAGAGAGGAGAGGCCAGUAUCAACUCUGCUUUUCGCUUGAUGCGAUUUCAGUGAAAGGGGCGAAGAGCUUCCAGACGCAGAGUGGAGGAGAGAAGCAGACUGAGGACUGGAGGAUCGAUGGUCGGGAAACUAAAGUGAACUUUCCUUUACGGGUAUCUCCCGAUGUUGUUGUAAUUAAAGACUGGAUUGCGGAGUUAUCCUCAUGGGACUGGGGUCCUCAGUCAGGAUAAAGAGAGAGAGGACCCUCAGACCAUCGGACCUUUGGAGAGCUCACUACAUCUCACCGGUGGAACGGACGGCAGCUCCUUCUGCUGGUUUCCACUCCUGGAGGACUACAAAUGACAGCCUACUAGUUUGAUAGUGAUAAGUACAUCAUAUUCAUUCAUUGGACUAUACCAUAUAAUAAGGAAUAGCUUUUGGAUUCAUGGUUUUGGACGCGCUUCAAGUUCCUAGGCUCCGAUCGUUUCAAAACUUCAGUACAGCCUAACAUGGCCUGUUAAAAUGCAUCCUUUCCUAGGAAUGUAACGCGUGUGAGGAAACCUUUAUGCACUAGAGGACCGGUUCUUUAUUUUUCCUCCAACCUAUUUUCCACAUGUGUCUUUUAAAACGCAUUUCCAAAGAAGAAGAAGAAUUCAUUGUCAAUCAGUCCAAGACAGCGAUGAGCGGACCCCAACACCUCGCCAUGGGCCUCCUGCUGCUCUGCGCUCUGAGCGCACACUUUGGAGACACCAGGGAAUCCGCCACGGUGGCGAGGAACGAACAUAGCCUGAGGCACCACGCUGGGUUGGUAAAACACCUGGACAGGAGCCGGGACACACACAGCCACAGCGAGACGGCCAACCGCUUGUCAGCAGCGAGGAGGGAAGCUCCAACCGGGACAAGGGUUUUACGCACUUUUGGAACCGAAAUGGCGGACACUCCUGUGGCAAUAUCAGCUAGAGAUAUCACAAAGAAAGAAAAGUUUAUACAACACUUAACAGGACCUCUGUACUUCAGUCCAAAGUGUCGGAAGCACGUUUACAGGCUGUACCACAGCACCCGGGACUGUACAACACCUACCUGUAAGUCCUGGACUAAAUACCCCCCAAGAUUACUGUCUGAAUGGUUCUCAUAA